CACCCCUCUCUCAGCGCCGCUGUUGUUGCAGCCAUUUUACUGUGAAGCUUCGCUGGAGCGGAGGGAGAGAGGCAGACAUCGCUCCGGUGAACGGAACCGGCAGCAUGGCUAACCUGCUGACCCGUCCGGCGGUGCUUCGACCCUUGACCUUCGCCAUGGAGGAGAAGCAGGCUCUCCACUCGUGGAGCCGCGUCUCGUCGGCGGGCCAAAGUGUGGUCCUGGAGGCGCUGAAGAUCCUGGGGCCCAAGCCUGGGCCCCCCCACCCUGGCACCCCAGCACAACUCGGCACCAGAAGGUCCAACAGCACCCAGGACCUGCCCAGCCCCCGACCCAACAGCCAGCCGGUCCUGCUGGCUGUUGGGUCAGGGGCGGAGAAGGCCCUGGGUAUGGGCACCAAGCCGCGGGGGCUCCCUAGCACAGAGGAGCUCCUGAUCUUCCUGCAGGAGCUGCGGGAGGAGGGCCACAAGGCCACGGUGCUGCGCAGUAAGGACGUGUACGGCUAUCGCUCGGCCCUCAGCUGCCCCCUCACCCAGGACAAGCUCCGGGCCCUUGAGAAGAGCCAGAAACCCACCGCCAAGCGGAGGGGCCGGAAGCCGCCGGCCAGGAAGAGGGAUGUGCAUGUGCAUCCGUCCUGGAGGAAGGCCCAGAGGGGGAGCCCCCGGAUCCAGGGCACCUGCCCUCCAGAGGCACCCCUCUGCCCCCCCUCGGCCCCGGUGAGCUGGACUCGGGGGCCCUGUGCUCCUCAGCCCUGCCUCAGACUGACCAACCUCCAGGACCUGCCCGGGGCCCCCACCGCCAGGCUCCAGAUCCACACCAGCUGGGAGCCAUCGUCGGGCCCCCACUCCAAGCAGCACCUCCCUCCUCCCCCGGCCCUCUCGGGGAUCCCGCUCCACCCGUCCCAGACCAACGGCGAGGCCCCCGCCUCCCUGCUGAGACCCUGGGGCCUCUCCUGCCCCGUCCGCCACGACGGGGCCCUGAUCGGAGACUCGGCCCCGACCCUCUACGGCCCACAGGCCGAGCUGGGCAGCAACGGGGUCCACGGGGCCCACCCCCAGGGCAGCGGCAGCCGCAGGGCCAUGGCCAACCUGAGGAGGAAGGUGAUCAAGGUGGACCACUCCCGGUCGGUGGCGGACGCCAGGCGGAAAGCCCAGAAGAUCCUGCAGCUGGACCUGUCCCCCGUCAUCCACAUACAGCCCAUGCCCAUUAAGGACUACCGGCACCUCCAGUGACACUCCGCCGUCCUCCAGCCCGGGGCCCACUCCCUGGGCUCUCCCCAGGUUACUUUGGGGUUCUUCCUGGUCUCCCGUUCUCCGGACCCUGGAUGUAAGGGUUGGGCGAGGCACGCAGCACUUUGGGUCGGACAGAUUUGACCCUUGCUGCUAAACUCCUCAUGGCUGCCCGGGUCAUGGUUCUUACACGUGACCUAUGGGGGUGAUGUCACCUCCUAGCCUCUUUUGGAAAGUAGAAUGGCUCUGUCUUCACGGCAACUCCCCAUGACCAUUCCAAAUGAUCCAAACACUUUCUAGUUUGUAGUUUUUUUUUUACGAGAAUAUGUUAAUUUAAAUUUGUUCUGAGUUCCCCAGGAAGAUUUACCUGGGACUUCCUGUUGGUUUUUUCUGUGUAUUUCAUACUUAUUUGAAAUAAAAGUUCAAUAAAACACAUUUGAAACAAUG